GAGGGGAUAGUUGUGCAGUUUCGUUUUAGAUCGAGAGCGAUUAUAACACCCUCUGUCGGCAAAGAGGCACCCAUCAGCUGGUUCGUAACAGUAAACACUACACUACAUCGCAUUGCUUUUGCGCUGGUAUACUUAAGACUUUAUUAAGCAGGUCAGACGAGGUCGCGGCAGAUAAUACGUUUUGGCGCAGAUUCUCGAAAAGGCUUUUGUUAGGGUUUGUCGCGCUGGAAAAAUACCAGUCGAGUCGAGAGGAGCCAUGUUGGUUAAAGAUGUGAGUGGGCCAACAAACAGCUGAGGAGAUAAUGGCCGAUCAGGACCUGAGCUGCAAGUCUGACCUAAACGCACUCGCUCGCUCUUGCCUUUCUCUUGCUGCACUACCCAGACACUCACACACACGCGGCUCUUUGGGCCUGAACAUAAAAGACAGUGGCUUGCUUCGGUUUUCUUCCUGUUGUGUAGAGCAACUUGUUUUCCAGCAUAUUUGGCAUUGUUAACAGACUGUAAUUACUAAUAAUUGCGGACGAGUGUCAGUUUUGUUUUGGGCCGUUUGUCUUACAUCAUUCUCAGUCAACACCCAUUGCAAGCCAAUACAAUCUUGGUGGUUGUAUUAAGAUUAGCUCCUGCCUGAUGAUAGCUGGGAUAAGCUCCAGCACUCCAGCGACCCUUAUUCGGAAUUGGAAGCUUUUGCCGCCAAAGAAACUGAAGCAUCUUAACAGGACUAGUGCAUACAAGGUCCUAAAUCCAAACGGCAUCCCCCUUCCCAAAUACACACAUUUCAGUGUUCAUCAAGUCCUCAGCGAUGCCAGGGGGGCCUGAUCAACCAGCUGCCCACUCUGAACAACCCAGCGUCUUCACCCCAGACCCUUGAGGGUGUACCUGGUAAAGAAGUCCCUCGUCAACCUGAGAACCAGAAGAAACCAGUUUGCCAGUCAACCCGGGGAGGCCCUCAAGCCCAGCCACGAGCUGCAGCCCCGUGCUGCCCUCACAGGCAUGGCUCCCAUUCGGGAUUCCGUCAGCCAUUCCCCUAAUCAGACAGGCCUGGAACACCCUGACUUGGACUCACAGUAUGAGCCCUCUCCCUGGUCUUCUGGCUCUCCCUGCAGCGGUGACAGCAACAGCAAUUGGGGAAAGGUCCUAGUGGACGGAAGCACAGACAAAGCCAACAACCCCUCCUCAACUAAUUCUUCUGUCUGGCCCCCUUCCUCUUCUUCUUUCUCCUCUUCCUCCUCCGGCUGUGGGUCAGGAUCAGACCCCGAGUUGGCGUCAGAAUGCAUGGAUACAGACUCUAGCCAGUCAACUGGCUCAGAGAAUAAUUUAGCAGCAAUUGCUGUGACAACUGGGAUGAUGUCAGCAAAUGCUUCUUCCUCCGAGUCUUCUCCAACAUUCACUACUUCCUCUGCCAUGAUGGUUGGCAUUUCACUGAAUGGAGAUGGCAAUGGUCGUCAGGUUAAUGGUGGAGGAGUUGGAACAAACUGUGGUGCAACAAAUGGAAAUAGUAACAUUACCGGACAUCCUCAAUUUUCUGUGGCCGUGUCCGGCAGUAUUGGCAGCAAUAACAUGGGUAACCACAACAAGCUUGUUAAUAACAGCAGUGUUUGGGGCACCCAGUCUGGCAACACCAUGAUGACUUCCAGCGAAAGCACCACCUGCAUAAAUGGAGGAUCAACUCCAAAUACUGCAGCCCCAAAUGCCAACCAUGGUGCCUGGCCACAAAAUUCAACCCCUAGCCCAAUGUCCCAGGGCCAACGGUCUCUACAGCCUCAGGGGAUGAAAUCAAAAUUGGGUAUAGCACCCCAACAGGGCCCCUUGCAGGGAUGGGGUGGCAUGGCAGCUCCAGACAAAAGCAGUAUGACGGAAGACACUGAGGUGAAUAAUGGUACAUCAAGCAGCAAUGUGUUAGGAAGCAGCAACAGUGGAAAUGGUGGCCUGCAGCCCACCAACCUUAACACUGAAUCAAAUGGACCAAAUAACACUAUGAUGAUGAAUACUACUACUACUUCAACUACUACUACUACUACUACUAACACAACAAUGACCUCUAUUCCACCAAACUCUCUGGCCUCACCCCAACUGAGCGGGGAAUGUUCCUGGGGCUCAGUUGGAGGAGCAGGGAGUGGUGGUCAGCUGCCCAAUGGAAACCCUUCAUCUGCCCCUCAGCGCCUCCAUGGAGAGAUGGUGGGUCCCGGAACCUAUGGUACGCCUUGGGAUACAUCUACCUACUCUGGAGAUAAGGGUCCCCCAAAUUCAGACACUGUGAACCCGCAAAGCCCUGCCUUAAUGCAGGCUGGGAAUUCCCAUAUGUCCUCUACUGCUGCUUUUAAGAGUAAUAAUAACCACCAUAACUCUGGGGGUUCACGCUGGGAUCAGGGGCCUGCCAGUAACCCAAAUCAGAGUCAGAGCAACAACCCCUGGGCUGUCAGUACAAAUCAAAUCUCCGGCUCUACAGGACAAAUGCAAGGGACUGUGAACCAAACUACAAUGAGCUCUCCUUUAGGGGUACCUCGCCCUUGGGGAAGCAGCGCAUCAUCAUCCUCCUCCUCCUCUUCCACGUCUAACAAGAUGUCAAAUGGAGAGUGGAGAACAACCCAUAGCAACAACCAUUCGGAUGCUGAAAGUCACAAAGGAAGUGCUGCUAACAAUGGCUGGAAGAGCCUGGAGGAUGAUGCCAUAGGCAUGGUAGGUGGGGGGCCCGGUAGCGCAAGCCUAGCAGGUGUAUCAGAAGAAUGGGCCCGCACCGGAGGAAGUGAGGGGAGUGCCGAGAGCUCUGGAGGCCAAUCCAGCUCAGACCGGGAGAAUGUCCUGUCAAAAGGCGGGAACCGAAGAAAAGCCAACAAUCCGACACCAGUCAUAUCUUUUCAGAGUCGAACUGAUGUCGACCCAAGGGUUCUAUCCAAUACUGGAUGGGGACAAACCCCCAUAAGACAGAACACUGCUUGGGAUGUUAGUUCCACCAACAAACAGCAACUGGCUCUCAGAGGAGAUGAAAGAAAACAACGCUCUGGCUGGGGAACAGCAGCACCAACACAGGCAGCUCCUAACCAGACCUCUGGAGCUUGGGGCAACAGUCCAGGUUGUGUCGGCCCAGAUACAGGAAGCUCUGGUUGGGGAGAGCCGAGCUCAACCUCUGGGUGGGAUAACAAAGGCCCAGCAAGUGGAGGUGGCUGGGAUAAUGGAUCCGGUUACAAAAGAGGCAACAACACCAGCAAAGAUGACAGACAUUCAUCCCUCCCAUCCAGAUCCAAUACAUGGAGUGUUCCCAAACAGCAGCAGGGGUGGAGCUCCAGCAGUGGCAAUGGAGAUGAAGGUUGGGGUAUUACAGGAGACUGUUCCAGAGCAGCGUCUAACAACCACUGGGGAGAUCCCCACAAAGGUGCUGGGUCAGUGGGCUGGGAUAGUGACAGCGACCGAUCAGGUUCUGGAUGCUGGAGUGAGCCAGGGCGAACCAAUACUAGCAGCAGUAACACCUGGGGAGGAAGUGGAGGAUCAAAUACUCCAGACCAGAGUACUCCAAACCUAGGCUCCAACUGGGGUGACUCCAAACCCAACCUUCAAAACAAGAGCCAAGGUUGGGGAGAGCCAGUGAAAAACAACCAGGGUGCCCAAAACUGGGGUGACUCCAAUUCUAAGCCCUCUUAUACUUCCAACGAGUGGGGAAAAGGUCCCGACUCCAACAUGUCAAGAACCAACAACAAGCCUACAGGCUGGUUGGGAGGUCCCAUGCCCACAGUCGGUCAAAAGGAUGAAGUGGCAACUGGGUGGGAGGAGCCUUCUCCAGAAUCCGUUCGUCGACGGAUGGAGGUUGAUGAUGGAACCGCAGCGUGGGGAGAUCCUGUGAAAUACCAUGGUGGAGCUGUCAACAUGUGGAACAGAACCGGCCAGUCAGACCAGGACAACAUGGGCCCGUCUUCUCAACACCAAUCUCACACAUCACAUGGCUCGACACAUCAUUCUCAGCCCAUGCAGCCUCAUGAACAAGACAAAGGUGGUUGUUCAGAAGCCCGGUGGAAGGAAAUCACGAAGUCAAUGGCGCUGAACUUUGCCAAAGGUUGGGGUGAGCCUUAUCCUCAGCAGAAAGAGUCCUCAACAUGGGGUGAACCCACCUCUGCUCCGCCUGUGACUGUGGACAAUGGGACAUCUGCCUGGGGGAAGCCAGUGGACACUCGCUCUAGCUGGAAUGAACCCACCCGGGAUAAUAGAGAGCCUGCAUCUGGAUGGGGAGGUCGUCAUAAGUCUGGUCUUGGUUCCAAACCAAUGGAUACAUGGUGUGGUGAGGAGUCUGUGAGUAACAGUUGGGAUCAGGAAGAGGAAGUAGAGAUUGGCAUGUGGACUAACAACCAACAGGAUAACAGAUCACAUGACCAAAACACCUGGAACUACAAGCAUAAGGGAUCCUGCAAGGUGAAUAAAGCAGUCAACAAACCAGACGAGCCGUGGAUGAAACCCUUCAUGAACCAAUUCAACAACAUGAGCUUUUCUAGAGACUCUCCUGAUGAUUCCAUGAAAACUGGAGCAGGUAUGGUGCAGGACAAGCGCAUGGACACAAUGGAUUUCAGUGGUGUAAUGGGGAAGAAUCAUGGGUCUCAACACCAGCUCCCCAAAGAGUCCCCCAUGGAUCGCAGCUCUUACUAUGACAAGAAUGUAAACCCAAUGUUGGGUGGCAGCAGUUUAGCACAGGGCCGCGGUGGGCUGCAAUCACAACUCCCUCAUCCCAACUUCCGUAACCAAGUGCCUCCUCCCAUCAUGCCCUCUCAGGUCCCUCCAACCCUGUUGAAAUACCCAGGUGGUAAUGGAGCCCUGAACCCUCUGUUAGGCCCUCAGCAGGUGGCUGUGCUCAAUCAGCUGUCCCAACUCAACCAGUUGAACCAGCUACAGCGUCUUAUCUUCUUGCAGCAACAACAGCAGCAGCAACAGAAGGCUCAAAACCAGAGGGUGAUGCCUGUGGGACGACCCCCUGAGCAGACGCGUCCUAUUGGUUCAGCUCCAUCAAUGAUGCAGCCACCACGUCACCUGGACCCUUCUUUGCUGAAGCAGUCCCCAGCUCUCAAACCAUACCUGGAUAGCUACUUACCCCAAAAUAGCCCUGAGAUGCAGAAGGAUGCUUCCAGUCUUGGGUCCUUCAGCAACUUCCCUUUAAGCUUGAACUCUAACCUGAAUGUAUCCUUGGACAUGGGUGUUGGUACUAAUGCUGGCGGAGCUUUAGGCUACAAAGAACCGCCCCAGUCCAGACUGAAGAAACUGUGGGUUGCUGACCCUCUGGAGCAGAACAGCAAAUCUGGUGCUAUUUCGUCAGGGCUGCGUCUGGAGGACUCUCCCUUUUAUGACUUCCUGUCCCCUGGCCCAUCUCCCCUGAGUCCUCCCGGCCAAUCAAUGGGCUCAGUGGGUGACGGCUGGCCGUCCCGUGCCAAUUCCCCCCCUUUCCAUGGAAACACUGUCACCUGGCCCCCAGAGUUCCGACCUGGCGAACCUUGGAAAGGUUACCCGAACAUUGACCCUGAGACUGACCCUUAUGUGACCCCUGGUAGUGUCAUUAAUAACCUCUCCAUCAACACCGUCCGUGACACAGACCAUCUCAGGGACAGGAACAAUGGGCCAUCCUCAUCACUGAACACCACGAUGCCUUCUAAUAGUGCCUGGUCAUCCAUUCGUGCCUCCAGCCACAGCGGUUCCCUCACCAGUACAGCACAAAGCACUUCAGCCAGACCCAGUGAGUCAAAGUGGUCUCCCGGCAUUGGUUCUGUGUCUAACUCCUCUCUGGCCCAUGAGCUGUGGAAGGUCCCCCUGCCUCACAAGGCGCUGUCCGUGGCAGCCCCUUCCAGACCUCCACCUGGCCUCACCAGUCAAAAGCCCAGCUCGGCCUCCUCCGGCUGGGACGGCUCGGCCCUGAGGCUGGGUGGGUGGGGCUCCACUGACUCCACAUACGCACCUGGUUCCAGUUGGGGUGACAGCGGCAGCUCAGGGAGAACCCAAUGGCUUGUUCUGAAAAACCUCACACCUCAGAUUGACGGCUCUACACUGAGGACUUUGUGUAUGCAGCAUGGCCCUCUGAUCACAUUCCACCUCAACCUGCCACAUGGUAACGCUGUGGUGUGCUACAGCUCCAAGGAUGAGGCUGCCAAGGCCCAGAAGAGCCUGCACAUGUGUGUUUUGGGGAACACGACUAUUCUGGCCAAGUUUGCCAGCGAGGAGGAAAUCAACCGUUUCUUUGCACAAGGGCAGUCAUUGGCCACUCCCUCUUUGGGCUGGCAGGCCAUUGGCUCGUCUCAGAGCAGGAUGGAUCAGUCCCACCCUUUUCCCAGCCGUGCCGCCGAGCCCAGCCAAUGGAACAGCGGUGAUCUCCACAGCUCCUCCCUCUGGGGCGGCCCCAACUAUUCCAGUAGCCUGUGGGGGACCCCCAGCGGCACGGAGGCGGGAAGGAUCAGCAGCCCAUCUCCAAUCAGCUCCUUCCUCCCGGUGGAUCACCUGACGGGCGCCGCAGACUCCAUAUGAGCGGGUAUCUGCAAGGGUCAGUGGAAAAUUGUCAAUAAUCAGCAGAAUGAAAGCAAAAGAAGUGGCACUACUCACUUAUGACAAGCUGUUCAACAAAACGGGGUCUCCCCUGUGGAAAACAAGUUACGUUUCUCUCUCUCUGCACAUAUGUCCACUUUGUUUUAGCCCAAAAACAUAUCAGUCGGAAUACUUGAAUCCUGCAGGCCAAUUCUAUAAUGUGAACGGAUGGAUAUUUGCUUCCAGGUAGUGCUCUUUCACACCGAAAAAAGCUUCAAUCGAGCUCAUUAUUAUUGUUUCAUUUGUCAUGUUUAUUUGAAUUCCAAUUCUUUGUUUUUUUUGUUUUGUUUGUUUUUUGCUGAAAAUGUUGGAGUAUGAGCUUUUUAAACUUUGCACUGAAUGUUUUUUUUCUCAGUAUAUAUUUAAUCUGCAAUAUAGAGGGAGCAGCCAGUUUUUCCAGUGUAGCUGUUUACUCAUUGAGGUCCUUACCGUGUAUGCGUGGCUAUAUUGUGUGUGUGUGUGUGUGUGUGUGCGUGUGUGUGUGUGUGCGCGUGCGCACGCGUGCUCGCUCCUCUCUUGCCUUGGCACGCCUACCUUACUGCGUUGUCGUGGAGUUCAAGAUCAGCAGAUAAAUUCAAGAAGAAGAAUAGCUAACUUGGGAGGAUUAUCUGGGUAUAGCUUAAAGAAAAGAGAGCGAAAAAAAGUAUUGCACCAAUGUUUGUUUGAAAACUAAAGAACGUUGAGCUCUGCAGUGCAAAGGACUGUAGCCGCAGCUGGGACUAGCAAGCCCCAGCUACCCUAAUGUAGGGGCCGGGGCCUAUCUAGCAAGCCCUCCCUCGAGCCCCCAAGGGGGCAAGGGUGGGAACAGCACUUUCAGAAUAGGCUUUCAAUAUUUUGGAGGUGCCACACUGCAACCUCUUGUUUACAAGACUUAGGAGGCGGAAGGUGUGUUCAUCCUUCAUUUUAAAGAGAAGAUGGCGUAAAAAUCGAAAAUGCUAAUAAAAAAAAUAUAAAAACAUGAAAAAUCAAAAACAUUUAUAAAAGAUUUUAAAAAAUGAUAAAAAAAUAUUAUCGAAGAUGAAGACGAUGCUUUGUAACUCUGGGAAUUCGGAUCAGUGUUUUUGGCCAUGGUGUUGGUUAUUUGAAUUAUUCCUCUUUGUCUGCUAAAUAACCAGCAAUGGUUCUCAGGAAAUCAAGCCAGUUUUCCCCCCCUUAUAGUUGAUUUAAAGAAAAAAAACUACUACUCCUUGUAGGAAAUGAAAAUCCAACUUUUAGCACUGAAAACUAUGUAUAAUAUGGUCUGUAAGUUUCUUUUCUCUGCCAAAUAACUGCUUUAAGCUGGAGAAACUCAACACACUGCUUUCAAUAUGCUGUCUUGAGGGUUGGGGGGGUCCGUGUGUGUGUGUGUGUGUGUGUGUGUGUUUGUGUGUCUACUCCACUCCACCCAUGUUAAAAUCAACAGCGAGGGGAGUGCAAACGUUGUACAAACCAAGAGAAAGGCGAAACUGUAUCUAUGCAUACUGUAGCUUCUCACGGCCUACUGAGAGGUGUUGUUUUUUUUUGUGUUGUUUUUUGUUUUUCCCACGUCUGACAUGUUUUUAAAUGUUUCAUUUAGUAUGACAACAUUUUAAACCACAUAUUUAGCUCUCAUUGCCACAAAGUGUUUCUGGAAUGGGGGGAAAAAAGGAAAGAAGUGACUUUUUUUUUUUCUUUUUUUUUCUUUUUUAAACAGUGAAGCAACAGUCGUCCACAUUUCAUUGCCUUGGUCCCAAUUGUGUCCGCACAUGCAACAAGUCAAGUGGCUUCUACCCGUUUACAAAUGGAACAUGAUUGUAUUGUUGUGCUCGGGAGGGAGGGGGGCAUCUUAACCUGAUCAAUGUGUGAAUGUGCGUCCAUGUUAAUAGGUGUUCUAUCUUAGCUGUCAUUGUUUAGCUCCUAUGAUGCUCAACGUUUUUUUUGUUUUGUUUGUUUUUGGGGCGUCAAAAAAAAAAAAAAAAAAAAAAAGCUUCAAAGUGCACGAGCAUUAGCGAAGCCAUGGACCUUAAACUCGUGUGUGCGUGUGUGCGCGGCCCCUCCACCACUGUUUUUGACAAUUACGACAAGUUGGCUUUAGUUUAAGUUGAGCAGUGACUAUUUAACAAAUGAGUAUUAGCCACGAGUGUGUGUGUGCGCGCCAGUAUUGAGCUGUUCUACCAAAUAAUUCAAUCAAACAAAAUAUUAGUUUAAUUAAUUCUACACCUAUUUGCUUAAACCGUUUUUUUUUCUUUUCCUUAUUUGUCUUGUGGGUCUUGUUCGACACAUUUUAUCAAGAGGAACAUAAAAACCUUUUGUUGUUUUUAUUUUGUUGUGAUUAACUUAACUGACAUGUUGAAGUGAGGAGCCUUGGAUUUUGCACUUGGUGGACUUUUAAGAGGCUGCAUGAGCGCAGAGCAAAGCCGUUCAAAGGAACGACAUUGGUUAGAGGAGGCGGCGAGCUGGUGACGAUGGCGCUGUAUUUUGUUGAAAAUGUGCGUGUGCCCGCGUGUCAUAGUUUAGUGACAUUGUGAAGUGUGUCUUGUGAAUGGAGAAGAUGGUGCUUUGCUGGCUCCAGUGAGGAAACUAGUAAGUUGUCUCCUUGGUACCUUCCUGUUAGCACUAGGCCAGAAUGAAGUCUGGUGUUAUACAGGCAAAGAGUUGGAUUUAACCACUUUUUGCUGCCCAUUGAAAAGCAUGCAUCUCUCCCCCCCUCUUCCUCCCCUGUAAUCCCAAUGAAUCAACAAACAUUUUACAAAAAUCAUCUCGAGAAUGUCCAAGACCCAGACAUAAGAUAGAGGAGAGGGAUAUAAAUUGUGGCCACAAUAUUGAUAUGCAUUAAAGUGUGCACAAAAUGCUAAUAGGUGGCCACAAAUUAGGUCUAACAUGCGUAUGAAAUACUCAUUUGUGGCCACUAAGUAGGUCUGUGUGUAUAAUAUAUAAAUUAUUAAUACAGUUGUGCUCAUAAGUUUACAUACCCUGGCAGAAUGUAUUUCUUGGCCAUUUUUCAGAGAAUAUGAAUGAUAACACAAACUUUUCUUUCACUCAUGGUUAGUGCGUGGGUGAAGCCAUUUAUUAUCACACAACUGUGUUUAUGCUUUUUAAAUCAUAAUGACAACAGAAACUACACAAAUGACCCUGAUCAAAAGUUGACAUACCCCAGUUUGUAAUACUGUGUAUUGCCCCCUUUAACAUUGAUGACAGCUUGAAGUCCUUUGUGGUAGUCGAGGAUAAGGCUCUUUAUUUUCUCUGAUGGUAAAGCUGCCCAUUCGUCUUGGCAAAAGGCCUCCAGUUCCUGUCAAUACUUGGGCUGUCUUGUAUGAACUGCACGCUUCAGAUCUCCCCAGAGUGACACAAUGAUAUUGAGGUCAGGAGAUUGAUAUGGCCACUCCAGAACCUUCACUUUAUUUUGCUGUAGCCAAUGACAGGUCAAAUUGGCUUUGUAUUUUGGAUCAUUAUCAUGCUGGAAUAUCCAAGUACGUCCCAUGUGCAGCUUGCAGGCUGAUGAGUGCAAAUGUUCCUCUUAUUUUAUGAUAACAUGCUACAGUCAUCUUGCCAUCAAUUUUGACCAAGUUUUCCGUGCCUUUGUAGCUCACACAUCCCCAAAACAUCAGCGAUCCACCUCCAUGUUUCACAGUAGGAAUGGUGUACCUUUCAUCAUAGGCCUUGUUGACUCUUCUCCAAAUGUAACGGUUAUGGUUGUGGCCAAAAUGUUCAAUUUUGGUCUCAUCACUCCAAAUGAUUUUGUUCCAGAGGUUUUGAGACUUGUCUCUGUGCUGUUUGGCGUAUUGUAAGUGUGAUUUCUUUUAUUUUUAUUUUUUAUUUUUGUGUGUGCCAUCGGCAUAGUAAUGGCUUUCUCCUGGCGACUUGACCAUGCAGCCCAUUUUUCUUCAAGUGCCUCCUUAUUGUGCAUCUUGAAACAUCCACACCACGUUUUUUCAGAGUCCUCAAUUUCAGCUGAAGUUAUCUGUGGGUUUUUCUUUGCAUCUCGAACAAUUUUCCUGGCCGUUGUGGCAGAAAUUUUUGUUGGUCGACCUGAUCGUCGUUUGGUUUCAACAGAAUCUCUCAUUUUCCACUUAGUUUGAACACUGCUGAUUCUCAGUUCCUUGGAUAUCUUAGUAUAUUCCUUUCCUGUUUUAUACAGCUCAAUUACCUUUUCCUGCAGAUCUUUUGACAGUUCUUUUGCUUUCCCCAUGACUCAGAAUCCAGAGAUGUCAGGAGCCCAGAAAUUCACUGAACCUUUAUACAUACACUGAUUAUAAGCAGUCAGAUCACCGGUGUGGAUGGUUACCUUUAGUGGCCAUUCAAACCCAUUUGUGUCAACUUGUGCCCAUGUUAUCAGGCCAAAAUCUCAAGGGUAUGUAAACUUUUGAUCAAGGUAAUUUGUGUAGUUUCUGUUGUAAUUAUGUUUUAAAAAGAGUACACACAGUUGUUUGAUAAUAAAUGGCUUCACCCAAACAAUAACCAUGAGUGAAAUAAAAGUUUGUAUCCAUGUUCUUUGCAAAAUGGCCAAGAAAUCAUAAAUUCUGUCAGGGUAUUUAAACUUAUGAGCACAACUGUAUCAUCUCUGCACAGGUCGAGAAAUUGCUAAAUAGGUAGAGGAUAUUGCAGGUUAUGUCGAAGGUGCGCUCCAUUUGCAUACCCAUAUGUCCAAGUUGUUCAUGGGGAUGAUAUUAAACCCACACAUUUCAUGUGCAAGUUACAUUGAACCUCUGCCAAUAGUGAAAAUAAUGUGAGCAAUUGACACCCCCUCAUAACUGCCUAUAGAUCCUGGAAAAGCAUUACUUUUGUCUAAAUGUUCUCCUUGACUCACUUUAACAUUAUUUCUUGACACCGAAACGCCACACAAUGGCGGCAUUUCAACUAACAUAGUUCCUUGGCACGAAGAUGGUGCAAAGCCUGAACACAAAAAUUCUUGGCACCAGGUUAUUAACACCAAGGACCACAUGAAGUCACCUGUGAGAUUAGCUCAACUGUGAAAUUAAACUCCCAAUAUCAUGAAAAUGAUGACCCAUGGCCACAAAUUAGAUUUUUAUCGUUAUAGCUUUGAUAAUUAUAAUAAUAAUUAUUAUAAAUUUCGGUGACCAACUGCCUCACAGUUCUGAAGACCGGGGUUCAAAUCCCGGCUCUGCCUUUGUGGAGUUUGCAUGUUCUCCCUGUGCCUGGGUUGGUUUUCUCCCAAAAACAUGCAUGGUAGGUUGAUUGAAGACUCUAAAUUGCCCGUAGGUGUGAAUGUGAGUGCGAAUGGUUGUUUGUUUCCAUAUGCCCUGCGAUUGGCUGGCGACCGGUUCAGGGUGUACCCCGCCUCCCGCCCAAAGAUAGCUGGGAUAGGCUCCAGCCACCCGCGACCCUAGGAGGAUAAGCGGUAAAGAUGGAUGGGUGGAAAAAAUUUAUCUGUAGUGUGGUUUUAUUUUUUUGCGUGGGUGGGGGUGGGGAUUAAAACCCAAACCAAACAUUUGAACAUCCAUGCUUUUCAUUGGACAGUAGCUCACUGUUCCUCGUUUAAUUUCAUGCUGGAGUACUGUAGUGUGCAGCUAGUUGUCAUGGCAACAGAUGGCCACAGGGACGACUGUUGAAAGGCGAUUUAGAUUGGCUGGGUCUUUCAGGGAUGAACAGCUUGACCCUCUCCAUGCCUGAUCCUGGAUCAGCUUGUUUGAGCUCCCGCUUGGUGUUGUUUCUCAUCACUGAUCCAGUGUCAGUUUGUCAUCACAGCCAAGCAGGGUUUCCCCAAAUAUCAGUUCCAGACCCAAACUUGAUGAUCAAAGAAGACCUUUCAGCAGCAAGACGUUCUCACGCUCUCGCUCUCGCGCUCUCUCGCUCUCGCUCUCUCGCUCUCCUGCUCCCUCAUCAGCGAGCUUCUGCCAGCUUCUUAGUUUUCAAUUCCUCCUUGUUGGCCUUCUUAGACACCUUUCCUAACAUUGAUAAAAAGAGGGGAAAUGUAAUUUCUGAGGGGGGUGGGUUAGUACAAAUUGCCACAUACAUCGACAUACUGUUACUGAUAUUGA